UGCAAGAGCUACGGCGAGCGCACCUGCGCGGACGACGAGGCGCUGGACCUCAUGGAGGCCAGCAACAACCACUCCGAAGCGCCCGCCCGCGCUGAGUUCGUCGAGCUCUGCGUCAACAGCCGCACGGCCAUGUCCGGGAAGUGGACCUCCAAGGCCACCGGCAGGUACCUGGGGGGCAGCAAUCAGGCCGACGGCAUGCUGGUUGACCAGCGUUUCUGCCCGCGCAUCGUGGAAAGCGAACUCCGCUACAGCCUGGUCGCGGACAAGCUCGUGGGCUACAUCCACAAGAAGCCCAAGGAGGGCGGCACCUCGGCCGCUGGCGGCACAGGCUCCAUCUACACCUCCCACGGGCUCGCUGACCCAAGUCUCGCGCACCUCACGGGCGGCUUCCUCAACAAGGGCCUGCCGCUCGUGCUGCCGGUGCUGGGCCAGGCCUCGGAACCGAUCCCCCUGCGGGGGACCACCGACCUCAUCCUGGCCUCGCCGGAGGUAGCCUCGACGUCGAAGGAGAAGUGGAUCGUGGGCGAGUUCAACUGCUCCUGCGUGGGCGUCGACCAGGGCCUGCAGGGCUGCUGCACCGACGACGCGCCGAACGCUUGCUACACCGACAUCCCGAAGGAGUUCAAGGGUUCCCUCGCGCACGCGGGCAUGAGCUGCCGACUGAUCCACUACGUCGACGAAGAGUACGACACAUUCUUGAAGGCCUGCUCCAAGUUCGACUUCGUCAUCAUUCGUUGCAGCCCGGGGCAAAUCAACGCCGACGGCGGCAACCUGGACAACGUCGACGAGGGAUUGAGCUUCAUGCGCCCCUGCGGCGACUUGGACAAGAGCUCCCACGAUCGCCGCUACGACUCCGUCCCGCUUGCCAGCGGCAUGUCCAGCGCGGACAGCCAGCUGAUCCACUACGUGCACGACGAGCACGGCGCAUUCUUCAACGUCUGCUCCACGCUCGACUUCAUUAUCGCGCGUGGCAGCCUGGGGCAGAUCAACCCCGACGGCGGCAACUGGGGCCCGAUCCACAAUGGCCUACACUUCGUGCGCAAGAAGGGGGUUCAGGUCUGGCCGUCCCUGGACGCGAUGGAGUUAAAGGGAGCUACUUGCGCUCUAGUCAGGGUGGCCAGCAUGAACACCGGCCAUGGCCCUCAGCCCCGCGUGAUACAGCAGAACCACGGCGCCUCUGUAGAGGGCAUCGGGAUCAUCAAGUUGAAGGCAGGCAUCUACUGCAAGACCUUCGGCGAGCGCUCCUACACCGACGACGACGAGGUCCCUGGCCUCGUGGGGGCCAGCGACAACCGCUCCGAGGUGCGCGCCGUAGCUGAGUUGAUUGGCCUCUGCGUCAACCGCGCGUCCAAGUCCGGCACCCGGUCCUCCGAGGGCAUCGGCAAGUACCUGGAGGGAGGCGAGGGCGGCGCCUCGGCUGUCGGCGGCGCGAAUUCGAUCCACUCGCUCCGCGGUCCCGAGGGGCUCGAAUUCCCGAACUUGACUGCCGACAUCCUUGGCAAGGACCUGCGGGAAGCGAUGCCGGCGCUGGGCCUGGCCGCGGAAUUGGACGACCGUCUCGCGCCGCAGCCUGCCGAUCCCAAGUUCAAAGGCGCCCCGUGCCAGAUCUACGCGCGCAGCGCGCCUUGCGGCAGGUCUGGCACGAGCAGCAGCGGCCGCCUCUGCGACUUCAUCCCGUUCGCCUGUGGCGUGGUCACCGCGGGCAUGAGCCGCGCGCGCGAGAGAGUCGGGCCGGCGGGCGCGCUCUCGUUCUGCGACCCAACAGAUUUCGCCGCAGGCCUCGAGAAUGCGACGGCGUUCCAGCCGCGCGCGAUCAAGCAGGGUCGCGGCUCCGCGGGCGAGGGGGUCUGGCUCAUCGAGCCACGGGCGGACAACCGCUGCCCCGCGCGCGGCGAGCGCUUCUGCGCGAGCGACGAGGUCUUCAAUCUCAUCCAGGACAGGAAGUUCGUGGGUUUCGCCGUCGUUUCCUUUGGGAAGGAUCUGCCCUCCGUCACGUCGGCCCUCGGGCUUGCUGGGGAGCUGGCCCCCUUCCGGUGGGCCGCCGACUUCAUCCUGUCGGGCAUCGACGAAGGGCGAGGUUGCGAGCUCCAGUGCUCUCACUCGCCGGAGGGCGCGCCUUCCUACGAGGAGAAGUGGAUCGCGGGCGAGUUCGCUUGCUCGUGCGUGGUCAUCUCCGGGGGCCUUGCGGCCAACUGCAUGGGCGACGCGCCAAGCCCGUGCUGCUGCGAGAUCGCGACCGAGGACAUGAAGGGCGGCACCGUCCUGCGCAUGUACGACGGCCAUCGUGACGAGAUGCCGCAGUCGGUUCGGGCCUUGAAGUCGCGGCCCAGGAUGGCCGUCCAGGGCGAGGGCAAGCCUCUAGGCAUGGCCUCGAUUGCCUGCAUCGCCCUCUGGGUGAUCCAGAAGGGCAAGCAGAUGGAGGCCAUCCUGGCACUGUUGUCUUUGACUGUCGCUCGAGAGAGCAAGGUUAGAGCCUCGCGGGAACGCGAGCCGCAUUUUUCGGCGAAGUUGGAGCGAGUCUGGCGUUCGGGGUUAGCGAGAGGCGAGGCGAUCAAAACCGGCAGCGAACACGGCGUCACCCUUCGCUUCCAGUUCGCGCGGAGUUUGCGCAGGGCCGCCGUCGGCAUCGCCAAGGUCGGGGGCCUCAUCUUCCCGCUGUCCGCCGCGUCCUCCAG